UCCUCCACUCAAUUCUGUUUGCGCCGCCUCGUUCGCAUCAAUUGUUUACACAUUUUUAUAAAUAACAGCCAAUUACCCCGGCAUAAAUGUGCACGGAGCGUUUCGGGCCCAACUUGAAGCUGUUCCCCUCCGAACUCACGUGAUACGAGUCCUGUGCGUGAGCCAGCUACCACGCACAUGGACCAGCAACAGGCGACGCCGCCAAAAAAACGCAGGCACAGCGAGUACCACGAUCCAGAUUAUCAGCAAACGGAAGUCUCUAGCCAGGAUGAGGACGAAACCCGUCCGGAGGGCAAGUCGCCCGUUCAGCACAAGCGUGCAAAGACAGAACAGGCAGAGGAGAUGCCAACGUCGUCCGACAAAUUUCAGCGCAUCCGGGAGCUCCUUCGGCUGGAGUUCCAGCGCGAAAUCUCUCAGAAGGUCGAGCAGUUGGCCGAAAUCGACCGACGACUGCUGCAGGGACGACAACUGUUGGACAGACUGCGCUAUCAGGUGGUCAGCGAAUACUACCGGAAGCAACAGGUUCCCCUCACUGGUGCGGACGUUGCCAAGGUCCGUGGCGACAGCCUCUUUGGGGACGACGUAUCCGUACCGCAGCUGCCACUGCAUCCAGCCAUCAAAAAAAUCGUUGGCAAGCGCCCUGUUCCCAUCCAGAAUCAUUUGCCAGAGCGCACGGCGGCCACCUUGGCCAAAGAAACCAUCAGACUAAGGAAUCCUGCUCAUCGUCGUGCGGAGCGAAGACGACAACAGAAGAUCAAGGAGCAAGGCAUCGUAACCGAUCACUCCAAGGAUUCCAAAGAUCAGCCAGAGCAGGAACCUCCCGUUUCCGUUAAGUUGGAGGACGAGCAGCCGUGCACCAGUCGGCAGGCCCACGAAAAACAACUGGAGCUUAAUGCCUCGCGGCUUAAUAACAAGAACAAGUUCAAUUUUGUGGUGGGUAAUACCUCCAAGUACAUUGGCGAUGGCUCUCGAGAAAAUGCCACAGGUGGUCCAGCUUUAACCUAUAAGUGGUUGGUCUAUGUGCAAGGCAAAGAUCUACCUGAACCACUGGAAAAGUACAUUAAAAAGGUGCGCUUCCACCUGCAUCCGUCAUACCGACCAAACGACAUUGUGGACGUGCACAGUCCUCCUUUUCAGCUCAACCGACAUGGUUGGGGGGAGUUUCCGAUGCGCAUCCAGUUAUUCUUUCAAGAGCACUUGCAGCAGAAGCCCGUGCAACUGAUGCAUACAGUGGUGCUGGAUAAAACAAUGUGUGGACUACACACGAUGGGUGCUGAGACUACUGUGGAAAUAUGGCUGAGAGCGAAACAGGCGUUAACGAAACAGAAAAGUGUCAAACCUCCUACUUCCCCUGAGAAGAAAAUUGUUGUUCCUGCUCACCCUGUUGCUGCUCCGCAUCUUUUAGAGCCUUCGAUUUUCGCAUUUCCUGGGGAGUCGUGCAAACCGCGCACUAUUUCCUUCACUCAAAAUAAGGAGGAACUGGAUGAUAAUCUGUUUGCUGGCAUCAACAAAAUUGAACUCAGCGACGACAUUGAGAAAAUUGAACCAACGGUGCUGGUUUCUGAGCCCCUGAAGUUAAGCUACAGUCCUAGAAAGCAGCCGCCCACUCCAUCAACGCCUCCUAGGGCUCAACUUCGGUUAAAUGCGGCUCCCGUCAGCGCUUCAAAGCCUUCUGUGGUCUAUCUACCAGUAAACGGCAGAAGUCCUAGGCAGGAAUCCUUGUCAGAGAGGCAGCGGCACGAGUUUUCGCCAGUGAAGCACUAUCCACCGGCGUCUCCCCAAAGAGCGUGGCAGGAAUCUUCGCCGGAUCGGCCUCCAAUAAAGCCUGUGCCCAAUGGCCAUCAGCAGGGCAAGAAGAAUGUUGUGUUUCAGAGAGCAGGAAAGCUGUACAUUAUUGAUCCUUUGCAGCGGAAGCUUAAGCAGGCUGCGAAGCAACAAUCCCUGCUGAAACCACAAUUGAGUCUUCUUAAGCCACCGUCAGAAACGCGAUGGCAUAUGCUGCAGUGCAUGCAGCAUGAUCAUGGGUACGCCAACAUGAGCGGCGAGGUGGAGGAAAAGCUAAUGCUGUUGCCUCCACUUGUGGACACUUCCUUACAACCGCGACCCCGAAGGCUGGAGCAUGUCUUUAGAAGUGCCCAAUUCCGAAACAUGCGCAGUGCUGUGGAGUUCCUCCUGCGCCGUCUGCCGCUUACGGCGAUUGAUCAGCAGAAAGAGCACCCUUUCACAUGCAUAAGCCUCGACGCGUUCCACAAGCAAACUGCUCUGAAACAACGUUGCUUUGAGUACUUGCGGGCACGUCUCCUCCGUCGCAGUCUGAUGCAGCAUCACAAGCUGCAUCAGCUUAAUAUUAGUGGGAAGGAACACUACUGGAGUUUACGGGAGAUAGUGGCGUUCGCCAGGGUGCAUGGUUAUACGCCACCUCUCAAAGAUGUGUUACCUGGCACGCAGAUGAAGAGAAAACAAAAACUGAGCGCCGAGGAGCAACUGGCUCACCGUAUUCAGGCGCAACUCAAGGGCGAGCCUCAACCGCAACUAUCGGCCUACAGCACUCUCAGCUCCGACAAUCGGCUGGAAGCUUGGAUAACCAAGCAAUCUGAACGUCUGCUUGGGCAUGAUCAAAAGGUGCGGGAUAAGGAGUUCAUCGAUGUGCUGGGUGUGGACAAACCUCAUUCGCAAGCCCACAGGGAAACUAACUCAGCAAGUGUAUCUCUUCAAAUGGUGAACCAUCGCCAACUACUUUAUCUACCUCCUCCGAAGCACUUGGAUUCGGCCUUGCCGCUGGUCCAGGAAAUGUGCAAGGACAUUAAUAUCACACUGGAACCGGAGGAAUCUCCGCCUGGCGUCUCCCAGCCGCUGGCCCUAACGAUGCUCGGCCAAGUGCUGUGCACUUUUGUGGAGAGAUUGGUGCGCCGCUCCUUGGCGGCGAAGCUGCAGCAGGAGACUUUGGAACAGUUGCCACCGUCGGCGGGCAAUGCUCCGUUGUGUCUCCAACCUCAGGACAUCGGCCGCGUUAUCAGUCAGUGUUCUGAACUGGAUUUCCUGGGAAACAGGCACUUGGGAGCUGCUCCGCUGGAACCACAAAUCUAAUGUGCAGUUGCCAUUGUUUUGAAUUUAUUUUUUAUCAAGUGCGCGUAAUAGUUCAAAUUCUACUGGGAUAUUAGUUGAUAUCUAAUUAGAGUCUUGUACUCGUUGAUAAGCAUAAAUCUAAGCAAUAAAUUAACUAAAUUAAUGUCUGAAAAA